CGCGUUGGAUUCUUUUUUUAAUUCUUUCGAUCUCUCCGGUUCCCUGGAUCGGUCUCUGUUUCUGUCCGAUUCCCAGCCUUUAUCUUGAGCCUUCUUUGUCUGGUCGGUGCCCCCCAACGACUUGAAUCCUCCACCGGCCCGAUCGCGCCCCCCAAAAUCUGGUCGCUCCAACACACAAAGUUAACAUUCCCGCCUCUAGAUUGUAGUCUUUCCCCCCCCCCAACAACAACAACUCCAUCUUCUCGCUCGGCAGUUAUGGGCGCCUAUCGUCUGGAACAAGCUUUAACCGGCCGCGCCGGUUGCAAGAACAAAGAAUGCAAAGAUCAAGGUCUCAAGAUCGCCAAGGGCGAGCUCCGUCACGGUUCCUGGAUUGAUAACGACAAGUUCCAGAGUUACUCCUGGCGUCAUUGGGGCUGUGUCACCCCCAAGAUCAUCGCCAACAUGAUUGAAGCGGUUGAUGAUGCGAGUAAAUCUGAUGAGAAAGAUUAUACGGUCCUGGAUGGCUACGAGGAACUUUCUCAGGAGGCGCAGGCCAAGAUUCGCAAGGCUCUGGAGCAGGGUCACGUUGAUGAUGAAGAUUGGAAGGGGGAUGUGGAAAUGAACCGUCCUGGAAAGUCGGGAUUCCGCAAGCGUGCGUCCAAGAAGGCUACGGACGAGACCCCAAAGAAGCCCACCGAGGAGAAGACUGCUCCUCCAAGCAAGAAGCGUGCUCGCGCUGAACCUAAGGAGGAAGCUGCCUCCGAAGCCGACGGAGCUGAGGCCAAGGAGACGCCUAAACCCAAGAAGCCCGCUUCGGAGAAGCCUACCCCGCAAAGCAAGAAGCGUGCUCGCACCGUGCCCAAGGGAGAAGCUGAACUCGAGGCCGACGGGGACGAAGCCAAGGAGACUCCCAAGACGAAGAAGCCCAGGAAGAGUAGCACCCCCAAGCCAGCACCUGCUGACAAUGGCGAGACCAAAGAGGGUGAGAGUGAGGGCAAGAGUGAAGGCAAGAGCGAGGAAAAGAGUGAGGAGAAGAGUGAGGAGAAGAGUGAGACCAAGGGCAAGGCUGAGGCUGAGGCUGAGGCUGAGGCUGAGGGCGAAGGAUCCGAUGCUCCCCUCGUCAAGACGACCAAGAAGGGCACCACCACCAAGGGCAAGCGUGGAAAGGCCGCAAGUUCCCCGCCAGCGGAGCCCACCAGGGCUCGUUCCACUAGGGUUAGAGAGGCCGCUGCAAAGAAGGAAGCCGCCGCUGCCUCUGCUACGUCCGCCGCCUCUGGCUCCGUUGACGGAGAAGCCGAACCUGCCGAGAAGCCCAAGCGGACGUACAAGAAGAAGAAGGCUGCCUCUUCUUGAAGAUAUGAGGUGUGAGUCAAUGAAUAGGUGUGUAUUGCUGUAGGAGACGGCAUUCGGGUUAUUUUCCUUUCUUUAUCUCGGCCUAUUCCAUGUGUCCUGUCUCUGUUGUUUUUGAUACGAUAUCACUCAUUUAUUCCACCUUUAUCUUUUUCUCAUCCAUCUAUUUGUGACUCUGUCAUGGAGAAUGUGUCCUGUUCUGUCCUGUCUAGGUCCUGAUUUUUACUGGCGUGAGCGUUUGAUUCUGUGUGCAGUGCUGGUGUUUUCGGUUCCGUAUCAUCAUCUUUUUUUCUGGUCUUACGUGAUGUAUCCAGUCAUGCGUUGAUAGGAUGUAAUAAUAGCUGGUGCUAUACACCUUUCAAAUUUUA